AUGGCCUCCUCUUCUGUGGACCCAGCAUUCUCCAUAGCGCUCCCCAAAGCUGAGCUCCAUGCCCAUCUCUCUGGCAGCAUCAGCCCAACAACACUUCAUGAGAUAUGGUUGAAGAAGCGAUCGGAAGGCCAAUGUCUGGACCUGGAAGAUCCUCUCGCUGCUAUCAAGGCAGGCGGAGACGGCUUCGUUGACAUUGUUUCGUUCUUCCCGCUCUUCGACAAGUACAUCUAUGCUCUUUGCAAUGAUCUUGAGAAUGUCAAGUACGCUACGGAGAAGGUACUCCAGGACUUCAGCAAGGAUGGCGUCCGCUACCUCGAGCUCAGGACGACUCCCAGAGCGUGUGUCGAGACUGGGAUGACCAAGGAACUGUACGUGGAUACUGUCAACGAGACUUUUGCUCGAUGGAACCAUAACCAUACCGGCCAGCUUGAAGCCUACCCCAUACUUUCGAUUGACCGGCGUAUGUCCGCUGAAGAAGCAAUUGAAGUGGUAGAUCUGGCUGUCAAGUACCAAUACCAUCCCAACCAAGAUAAAGGAGGAUACGUGGUAGGUGUAGACCUCGGCGGCAAUCCAAUGAAAGGCAAUGUCUCCAUCUUCACCGAAGCCAUGGCUACAGCGAAAGCGAAUGGUCUGGGCAUCACCAUUCACUUCGCGGAAGUCCCCCAGUCUUCAACCGAGGAAGAGCUCAACACUAUCCUAUCCUGGCGGCCAGACCGGUUGGGACAUUGCAUACACGUUCCACCACUAAUCGAGAAAGUGAUGAGGCAAAGGUCAACCGGCCUCGAAAUGUGCCUCUCCUGCAACGUGCUCUCUGGUCUGACGAGCGGAGGCUUUGAGAGGCACCACAUCAAACAGUGGGCUCAAAGCGACUGCCCGAUUGCACUGUCGACGGACGACGUAGGCAUCUUUGGCAGUCCACUGUCGAAUGAGUAUUCACUUGCUGCAAAAUACCUACACCUUUCACGGAAGCAGGUUAUAAGCCUGGCUAAACAAGCUGUCCAAGCUUCGUUUGCUGGCCGGAAGAGGAUGAUGCGGCUUCUUGACGAAUUCGAGGCCGCCUUUGAUCAGGAUGGCUGA